CGGAGCAGGGGCCGUGCCUCCGCCUCACCCAGCACCCGCAGACCCUCGCUCAGCACCCGCGACAGCAGGAGAGCCUCCUCCAGCGAUGCUCGGGUGAGUUGGCGGCAUGGGCAGCCCGGGGAGAGCGUGGCUGGGACGGGCCAGCGUCUGCGCCGGGUGACCGGGAGGGUGCCGAAAUGUGGCUCCCUGGGCGAGCGCUGCGCUUUGGGGACAGAGAGGCCCCAGCCUGCAGUUUUUUGGCAACAUUUGCCAGCAGCAUCCACCUCUGUUCCGCUUUAGAAAUCAGCCUGGAAGCCCAAAUCCAGCCAGGGGUCCACGUUUGCCCUGACUGCAGCCAAUAUCAACCAGUGAAACAGCCCAGGAUUUACCCCAGGGUGCAGAGAAGUGUCUACCGAUUGGGAUUUGAUUACCAGCAGCUAUCAAAAGUCUCUUUGUAAGAUCUGGGUCCUAAAUCCCAUAAUUCUUUGAUAAAAGAAGUAUUACCAGUCCAUUUUCUGAAGUGAAAGGUACGGGAGGAAUGAAAGAAAGCAAUCAGCGGAGAUCCUAAUAGGCUAAGUGCAUGUGCGGCGGGAAGCCAGGGACGGGCAGGGGAGGCCAGGGAAAGGCAUCCUUUGUUAAGGAUGGGGAAGGAGAAUUAAUCCGCUUCGGGUGUAUGAUUAUGACAGCCAAGAGCAGAAGGGCUUGGAUCCUGCGCCUGCCCACGGCAUGUCCCUGCCCUACAGCCCCUCUGGACCGGCACGGUGUGGGGAGCAGAACCUCGCCCCACAUCCAUCUCCUGUGACAGCCUUUGGGUACAUGCAUAAAAGCCGGGAGCAGUUUGCGAUGAUCCCCGGCAUUAGUGCAUCCCCAGUGCCUCUCUGGAGCGCUGACACCUUGGCAGAGCAGCAGAGAACAUGUCCAGAUGGGGCGGCUACAAAGGCGUCUUCCUCUCAAACCUACAGCAAACAUGUAAAGAUUCAUAGAGCAUGGUUAUAAUUUAUGUUACACCAUCGGAAUAGCUGACGGAGAGGCAAAUAAAGGGAUGGAAGAAAAAAAUAGUGGUUUGGUUUUAAGUGAGAUUUUACAGAGAUUUGAGGGUCACAGGUAGAGCGGCUAUGGGGCAUCUCUUCCCAGCGCUGGGAGACCAGCAGAGUGAGGAAGGGCAGGCAGAAAGCAGGGCCAAGGGUAAAAGAACGGGGACUGAGAAGGGGCUCUUCUGGAGACUGGCUCUCAGUUUUGCGCAAUGCCGGAGGGGUUGCUGGGCUGUUCAGCAUGAAGUCACGAGGUGCCACGAGGACCUUUGCUGUGCAAUGGUUUCACAGCACUCACCUGUGUGUCUCCUCGGGGUACCGUGAGUGGGACUGGUAUCUUCUCUCCCCCGCAAAGAAACACCAAGCCGGAGAGCGUUCCCCGUGUGAGCUCCUGAAGCCUUGCUACUCACCUUGGCAUAAACUGCACUGAGGGCAAGAGAACUUGGGGUUAAGCUUUCCUAAGCAACCUGAGCUCAACCACACCUUCUCUGUUUUAAUCCCAGCUACUCAUUUCCGUUAUAAGCCCAAGAUGGAAGAUGUCCUGUCUCCUCCCGUGGAUCGCAUCUGCCAGGCCUUGCUGUUUGGCCUCAGGAGGGUCGGUGCCAGGCGUCCCCUCCUGUCCUGAGUCACCGCUCUCGGCCGUAGCCUCAACCCAGUCUCUCUUGCUGGGCAGAAGAAGUUGGGAAUGGAACUGACAAAGCUCUGGGGAAGCCUGGCUGCCCCAGGCAGCUGUCCUGGCUGCUCUGGGCUCGCUGAACUGCCCAUGAGCUGUGGCACCGAGACCACGCUCCUGCCCGAGCUGCUGCGGGACCUCGCUGCACGCCUGCCUGCCUGCACACAGAGGCAGCAGGCAGCAAUCCUCCCCUUCCAUUCCUGACACCGAGCAGGGGUAGAGCUCAGCCUUACAGGAGGUGGCUACAUCCCACUAAGCUAAGCCACAGAGCUGCCGCAAGCUGCCGGUAAUCUAAUUUAUUAAGGGCUUUGAAUCCUUACAAAGAGCAUGUUGGAUACAUGCAAAGCAUCUGCAUUAUCGCUGUGAUUAGGGCAGCAGAGGUGGGGGAAAGGGGAAGGAGGGAAAAUACAAUUUCUCUGCUUUCAGCAGAAAAUAAAUCAACUUUCACAGAGAGUUCUGGUGCAGCCAAAGGCUGUGCUAUCAUUAAAAAUGAUUUUUUAUUAAGCUGAACUCUCUCCUCUCUCAUAUUGUAUGAUAUGACAGCUCUCUUUUGAUGGGAAAGCUUUCAUUUGGCCAGAGAAAGGGAUAAUUUGCUUCUUUUAAGGAGUUAAUCCUUUGGUCCAUUUCCGGGCUGGGAACAGCUAUCCUCCCCCUUCCUUGGAUCGGAGGCUGCAGCACAAUGGAGAUCAUAACCGCCUCAAAUCUACACCCGAGAUGGAGAAAUCAGAUUUCCUUCUCCAGUCAUUUUUGUGGGAUUAGCUAAAUCUUAGAUCCACACUAACCCUUCACAAAGCUGCCAAGAUUAGUUAGAAUUUAUUUUAUUCACAGGGGGGUUUAUGGUUUUCUUUCCAAAGGGAUUAUAUCUCUCUCUCUCUAUAUAUAUAUAUAUAUUUAGGGUGGCUUCAGUCAUAAAGCAGCUAGGUUAGAAGGAGAAAAAGUGCGUGUGUGUAUAAAAUAAAAACUUGGCUGUGAGAAUGACAGUCGCUUGAAAUGCCAAGACAAAGCAGCAAUUCUGGAUGGCUUCACCAGUCCGUUUUAAAAGCUACCUAAGCUGUCAUUUUCCUGGUGAGACCCCACUCCGGAUUUAGCGCACAAAGAGCAAACCCUGCUCAGCCCGAGCUGCCUGAUCCCGCGGCCGCUGCUGCCGGCAGAGGAUGUCUUCGGAGCCAGCGUCGGAUGCCGACACCGGCCGGAGAGGCCUCAAGAAGCCGUGUUCGUUCAGCAUCGAGGACAUCCUCUCGAGCCCGGCAGAGAAGAGCCCUCAGGUCCUGGUCCCGCUGUGCCUCCGGAGCGUCUUGGACUGUGCACCCAAGGGCCUGUGUGAGCUGGAGACCAUCCCAGCCAGCUCCCUGCAGGAGGAAGAGGAGGAGGAGGAGGAGGAAGAGCUGGAAGGGGCAGGCUGCAGCUGCUGCUGCUGUUCUCACACAAGCGUCCGUUCCCUGCAGGACUCGCCAAGUUGGCUGGAUGCCCGGUUCCCCUGGCCCAUGCGCCUUUUCCACUCGGCAGUCCGGGUCUGUAGGAGUCCCCAGGGGAACCCGAGCGAGCUGCAGACUUUCCACCAGAUCCAGCGCCGGACGCGCCGGCAUCGCACCAUAUUCACCGAGGACCAGCUGCAGGCCCUGGAGACGCUUUUCCAUCAGAACCAGUACCCAGACGUCAUCACCCGUGAGCACCUGGCAAACCGCAUUCACUUGAAGGAGGAGAGGGUGGAGGUUUGGUUUAAAAAUCGGCGGGCCAAGUGGCGGCAUCAGAAGAGGGCGUCUGCUUCAGCGCUGAUCCUUCAAAGCACCAAGAAGCCCUCUGAGGAGAGCUGUUAGUGGUCGCAGGCUGCAUCUCAGCAGAUGAACGCCAAGAGCAUCCAUUUCCCAUAGCUGACACGUUCUGUAGGGGGGUAACCCGAGGGGGGCUAACGAAGCAAAAGGGAAUCUCUGUGAUUCCCAGAGGAGGACAGGCAAAAGCAGACAUGGCACUUUCACAUCCCAGUUUCUCUUCCAAACUUAGUUCAGGUGGCAAAUAACUCACCAGGCAUGACCCUCAGAUGCUUAAGCAGAAACCACUGCCAAAAGCCCGUGCAAGGGGACAGAGCUGUACCAGUGUUAAAUGUGUGUGCUUCAAGACAAGGGGAGACUCCCCUUCUUGUCUCUGCUCUGUGCAGGUAGUAUUUGUGCUUGUUUCACUACUGUAGAUUCGCAAAAUACCCUGCAAAUGAAUGUUUCCUAUUUUCAGCAC